CAUAGGUUCAACUUGUUAAAAAGACCCAUUUUCACCGCGUGCAAACGGCUGCAUCUUAGAGGGUUAUCAUACGCCCGCACACACUAGCUGCGCGGUCGCCUCAUUUGACAUGGAUGCGCUGCUCAGUGCUUGCAAGAGGGCAAAUGAUUACGUUACGACAGACCCCCUUACCGGAGACGAAGUCUUCGGCGGUGACGUCGAGAAGGAGCUUUACACCGCAUCAGAGGCAGCUCUUGCUUCGGGAUGCUCGCCAGCCAAAGUACUAGGCAAACUGGCAGACGUAUACUCGCUGACGUCUGACAACUGUAUACCGGAGAAGUUGGUGGCUCUGCUCUUGCGGCACGGCUUACAUCCCGACACGCCCAUUCGCUCGACCUGCUACCUGAUAUAUAGGCUCCAUGCCAAGUGCCCGCCGCCCUUCAUGUAUACUGGGCCGAAGACGACGCAAGCUUACAAUCCCAACAAGGUCUACUUUGAAGACCUAAUCGACCUUGGACCGAACCCUGAAAUCAGGACUUCCUCUGGCGGCACUGCGUUGCACUUCGUGGUGAGCAAGGCGCUCAAGAAGCAGUACUAUCCGGACCUGCCCGGCCGCAUGGUCCUGAUGGGCGUGUCGCCUAGGGACCUGUACGGAGAUGACGGCCGGGCUCAAUUCCUGCAGGAGGCAUUUCCCCUCAUGCUGGAGGCCGGCUACUCGCCCACCGCCACCGACGCAGCGGGUCACACCGUCAUUCAGCUGCUGAAGGAGGGCUACAACGACUACAGCAGGAGGGUGGACUGCCUCAAGCAUUUCGACGCGGACGAGGGGCACCUGCGCAUGCAAGUCGCCAUCCGCACCGCCCUCGAGCUAUGCGGGGAGCAGGCGCCCGCGCACAUCCCCAGCCCCUCCAAGGCAUCCCCCGCCGCUGCGACCUCUGCUGCUGCUGCUGCACGAUCCCCCAAGGCAGCAGCAGCCACAGCAGCUCCUCCGUCCCCGGCGACACCCGAGGCGUUCCAAGACGCGCGCAUGCCCUUCGGCAAGCACAGCGGCUGGCGGCUGACCGAGCUGCCCGCAAGCUACAUCGAGUGGAUGUGUAGCGUGGAUGACUUCUUCGACGGCUCGCCACGGAAGCAGGUGCUGCUGGAGGAGCUGUUGGGGCUGGGGCUGGUGCGGCAGGCGCGGCCGGGAGGCCGGGUGGUGGCGACCACGCAGACGGGCAGGAAGCGCCGACUGGACUGGCUGGACUGGGGUUACGAUGAUUGCGUGUGGGGUUACGACCCGCAAGGAGAGUUGGAUGAGGCUGAGGUUGAGGAGGAGUGGGAUGAGGAGGGGUUCGAGCCGGAGGGGUCCGUGCCUCUGGACCCGGAUGAGGAUGAUGAGGAGUACUUGGAGAAGGAGGGGGAUGCCGAGGAGGAGGAUGCCGAGGAGGGGGAUGACGACGAGGAGGAGGAGGAGGAGGAGGGGGAUAAUGAUGAUGCGGAUGAGGGAGGACAGGAGGAAACGGAGGGCGGUGAGGAGUAGUUGUGAAGCCGAGGGGCUUGCGCGCUUGGGGCUAUCAUGCGUCGUGGCUUGAGGAUGUGUAGUAUCAUGAGAGGAUGGAUGCAUUGCAUUAUUGCAGGCUGGACGAGGCAGAUGUACGGAUAUGAGCACCGCUACAUAUAGCAUGCAAAGUACGGCAGAUCGCCGUACAUAUGUCGCAUGGUUGAAAUCUGUGCCUGGUUCCGUUGUCAAACAUGGCAUGUGUUGGCGACCCCGCCCAUUGUCGCAGUUGCAUUGCUGUUUAUCGGAUUAUUGGCAAUACUCUCAACAACAGCAUAAGCCGCGCCGUGUAGGCGCUUGUCCUGACUUGUGUUUUCUGCAAGCUGCGCUUUGCCUGCUGGAUGCGGCGUAACAGUUGGGAUGUCGGUUGCUGUUGGUUGCCGCGACCGUGUUGCCAAGGUGCCCAUUGCAGGUAGUAUACCGGUAUGUUGUUCGAAGCAAGUUCGUGGGUUUGUGACUUAUCAGGCAUCUGAGCAAACACGUUGCCUGUUAUGAUUGCUUGGUAGCAUGGAUGAGGGGUGCAUGUGUUUAUCUUGCGUUGCGCAGGAGGUUGGGUCAGGUCACGCAGGGGUUUAGCUCUCGUAGCACGAUUAGCACCCGUUGGCCUUCUUAAACGCUCGUUAGCUGCAUACACCGGCGAAUGGGCCGGGCUGGUCCGGAACCCCCCCCCCCAAUGUUGGGGUAUGGGAUUGGGACUCUUGUUGUUUGCACUUAUAUUAUAAUUCCCCCCACACACAGCCCCCCAUGUAACAAUCUGGCAGUUUUUAAGGAGUACCGGAUGUGACCUCCAUAGCCCAGAUGCAUGCAACAUGCUCAUCCGGACUGCGGAAAGCAUGUAUCGGUCGUGUAAUUGCUCAUACGGGCAAGACCUUCAAAUAAGAAAUUUGGCAGCGAUAGACAUGUUAGCUCGUUGUGCAUGAUGCGAUUAUCAGGCAAUUAAGUUUUGCUGUAGUGUGAAUAGAAGCCGCCCUACAAGAGCGUGCCGCUGAAGCGGGUUCAGUUCAAGCCGACGGGUCGCCGCCGCGGCCGUACAUUGCGUGCGUGUCAUGCUUGUGAACUGCAUGCAGGGCAUGCCUUCCUGAACUUGCCUUAAUACUUACCACACCUGUGGCAUAAAAUCCUUUACACUUUCUUUCAUUUGAUAAGAAAAUAUCGUCGCAUAUGGGUCGGGAACAUUAGCGGCGAAAGGCGACUCGAAUGGACAUCCUCCGCAGCACCUGCCAGACGGAACAAGAGGGCGCGGAUUUUGAUCUAGUGUCGCAGCGUCCGUGUUUUAAGUAUGGAGCCGGCGAUAGGAUUUGCGCGGCAGCCGAAAGGGCCCUAAAUGCAAAGGCCUCGAUGUCGGAGACUUACCACCUCCUAAUGGAUACUUACGCGGCCAUAGAAUCAACCAGCCUGCCCGAAAAGCUUGAAAAGCUGCUUAUGAAGCACGGCCUGCAUCCCGACACGCCCCUGGGUCCGGCAUGCUUCCUGCAUCUCAAGCUGGGCAGCGACCACCCGCCUCCUUGCAGGCCCAAAGCAGCAGAAGACGUUGACCCCAACAGGGUCUACUUGGAGGACUUGUUGGAGUUGGGUCCCGAUGUUGACCUGCGGACCUCCUCUGGCGGCACUGCCAUGCAUUUGGUGGUUGGACGGUUGCUCGACAAGGAGUGCCUGCCCGACCUGCCAUCCCGUGACGUUUUAAUGGGUGCUGCUCCGCAAGACCGCUAUCAGGACAAACACAGGGCCUGCUACCUGCGGCAAGUGGUUUCCGUGCUGAAGAAGGCCGGCUACUCGCCCACCGCAACCGACGCCGAGGGUCGCACCGUCAUUCAGCUGCUGCAGGAGGGCUACAACGAG